AAUAUAUAAUAUACAAAUUUUAAACUGCUAUAUUUAUUUUGUUACUUAUCAUUUCAUAGGAAAAAGUAUUCAUUUCUAUUUUCUGUUUUUCUGAAAAUAUGAUGUUAAGGGAAGAUUUAACUUUGUUGUUGUAUAUGGGGGAGAAUGUCUUAUGGAAGAUUAAACCUGUAGGGGUGCCUGGGUGGCUCAGCCGGCUAAGUGUCCAACUUCGGCUUAGGUCAUGAUCUCACAGCUCGUGAGUUCAAGGCCCGCGUCAGGCUCUGUGCUGAUAGCUUGGAGCCUGGAGCCUGCUUCAGAUUGUGUCUCCCUCUCUCUGCUCCUCCCACACUCGUGCCAUGUCUCUGUCUCUCAAAAGUAAAUAAACAUUAAAAAAAAAAAAAAAGAUUAAACCUGUAGAAAUUGAUACUCAAUAAAGAUCCAAAGAAAUUCCAGUAAUUUCUUUUGCUUGGUAAUUAACAUUUGGCAUAUGUAGAGCAGUGAUUCUCAACUGGAGGCAUUUUGUGCAUUAGGGGAGUUUUGGCAAUGUCUGGAAACAUUUUUCAUUGUCCCUUGUGGUUUGAGGAUGUACUGAUAUUCAGUGGGUAGAGGUUGGAGAUGCUGCAAUCCUACAAUGCACAGAACAGCCCCCUCACAAUAGUUACCUGGCCCCAAAUGUCAAUAGUGCGAAAGUCGAGAAAACCUGGACUUAGAGAAAUAAAGUGAAGAUAAGGUGUUAAUGCUGGUGGUAUAUUUGGGAGGAAAGGCUUUCCAGGCUUUUUUUUCUUUUUUCUUUUUUUAGAAAAACUGGAAGAAAGCCUUAGGAACACUGUUUUCUCCUUCCCAUAUUUUCUUUCUCUAAUUCUUAAGCACUGGCAUUCACAUCUAUACAGCAAGGACUCAGAGUCCAAACUUUUUGACUACUGCUACUAAUCAGUUGGACUCUCUCAUUAUUUCUUGCUGUUUUUUUCCCCUAUUAUAGAAUAAUACAUAUUCAUUGUGGAAAACUUGGAGAGAAUAGGAAAUUAUACAUAGAAAAAAAAUCAUCCUAUCAUUUAUAUGCAAGGACUGUUAACAUUUGGGGGUAUUUGGUUUGUCUGUUUUCUUUGUAGAUAGAUUUUAUGUAGUUCUGAGAAUACUAUGUAAGUUUCAUCUUAAAAAAUUAAAACAUAACCAUAAGUAUGAAUAAUGUUUAGUGUUAUUGUUAUUUAUGUAACCACUUCCCUUUGAUAUUGUAGUGUUUCUGAUGUUUUCUUAUUAUGAAUAAUGUUUGAUGAACAUCUUGUAUGUAAUUAGUUAGCUGUGUUUCAAAUUCCUUCUUUAGAAUAGAUACUUAAAGAGUACUUAUGGGUCAAAAGGUGUGAGUGAGGUUCUUGCUAACAAAUUGGUGAAUUUAUCCUACCAUAGUGUAUGAGACCACCUAUUUUCAUUUUGGACUUAAUCACUUUUUUUAACCAAACUAUUACAUUAAAAAAAUUGUUUUUAAUGUUUAUUCUUUUUUUUUUUUUUUUUUUUUUUUUUUGAGAGACAGAGAGACAGAGUGUAAGUGGAGGAGGGUCAGAGAGGGAGGAAGACACAGAAUCUGAAGUAGGCUCCAGGUUCUGACCUGUCAGCACAGAACCCCUCGCGGAGCUUGAACUCAUGAACCGCGAGAUUACGACUUGAGCCCAUGUCAGACGCUUAACUGCCUCAGCCACCUAGGCACCGCUAACCAAACUAUUUUAUAAGCCUUUAAUAUCUAUACGAAGCUUUUGGAGGCCAAAAGGGGAAAAUCAUUGUAUAUCCUUGCAUUGAGACUAGAGUUAAUCUGCCUGAGUCAAUGGAAUAUAAAAGAGCAGUUAGAGAAAUCAACAUGAACACAUGUAAAGUUUCCUUGGAGCGACUCAAUUUAUGUAAUUAUUGUGGUGUCGCAAAAUUGUAUCUUCUAGUUGUGCAAAUUGACUCCUAUUUUAAAUGCACUGAGUCAGCUCACUUAAAGAAGUCCUAGAGUAAGUGUUGUUAAGUAGAAAAAAAAUGUCCUUUCAUAGUUUGGUUAUGAGUUCAUUGUGGUUGUAUUUGUUUCAUAAGUUCAAAAUUUUGUCACUUAUUUAAGUAAAAUGAAUGCCUUCUUCAUGCAUAAACCGACCCUGUGAUACCAUAGGGUCUUGAGAUCUAGGAAUGAAUUAGCUAUACACUGUACUGUCAUGAGAUUACGUCUGUAAAAUAGAACUAAAAAUGAGCUUUAGAAAGAAAAAAGAAUCGGGUUUCCUCAUUUAAUGAGUUGAGAAAUACAGGAGUAGAAUUCUUUGCUUGAAAAUUUUCUUAUCCAAAGCAUACCCCCUGGUAAGCAGUGUUUGACACUUCCUCAUUAGGAAAUUAUUCCUUUGCCUUUUCCUUUUUUAAAAAGGAUACUGUAAGGGAGGUGGAAAGGUGAAGGGUUGACUGGAGCAAGGACGGAGGUAUUAGCAAAUAAGGGGAGACCAAGUUGCUAAGUGAGAGGGAAGGAGUUGUGGAACUUAAGAGAACAGUAAGUUAAUUUGUUCUUAAAUUAUUUUGAACAAGGUGGGAUGUAAAUACACAUCGUAAGUUAAUACGCUUCCCUGAAAAUGGUGAAUCUAGUCUUGUUCUCAUAAUACAGAUGAAUCGGAAAACAAAGCGUAUUGCUUUACAUGAAUAAUGACUUUCCUACAUUUUCACUUUUGGAAAUUUAGGAGAUGUUUUUAAACCCUUAAUUCGUGAUUACACAUUUACUUGAAACUAAUUCAUACUGUAGUUGUUUCUUCAUUAGUUAAGUUUGAAAGUUUUACAAGGAUGAAAUUGCUGUGUUCGAUUUCUCCUACUGUGCAGUCCUUAUUUCUGUAUCUUAUGACUUAACCAAGAGCUAGAAGUAAACGAAUUAGUUUAAAACUUAAAAACAGCAACAAUACCCAACUUAACGUUUCCCCAACUUCAAAACAUGAAACCUAAAGUGCUCUGUCAUAAUUCAAAGCAUUAUUUGAAAGAUGUGCCAUCUAUCUCUGACUGUUCUGUCAGGGAGCGAGAAGGAGCAGGACAUGAAAAUUGAGGAGCGUCUGUUAAUUCUGAGUUCCUUACUGUUUUGGCUUAUAAUAUUGUGAAUUUGUAGGGUUAUUGUAUAAUAUUUAAUUAUUCGGAAUGUUUCCAGGUUACUUUUGAAAGACUUCUGGCUCAUAUAUUAUUUUACAUCUUUGUUAAAUCUCUCAGCAUAGGAGUCUGCAAGAUGACUGUGAUAAAUUGUGUAAAAAUAUUAAUAAUCUGCUCUAGACCCUGGGUUCCAAAUGAGGCCUUUACUGGAGGACAUGACUCAAACGUAAUUAGAUGAAACUUUGCAUAGAUUACUUGUUACUUUGCAUAGAUUAUUUAACCCUUAUUUUUGUGGGUUGAGUAGGUCACUUUGGGCAAAAUGUAAAUAGUCUUUAUUCUUCUUUGAGUGCAUUUCUAUUCAGUUUUUUACGUGCAUUGUAAACAUCAAGAAGCGCAGAGAUAAAGUCCUUUUAAGGCCACCUAUACAGAAAAGACUUUAAGGUUGUAAAAGAACUUAACAGGCAUUUUUAAUCUUGAGUCCAGGCAUUUCUUGAGUCCCUUUAUGUCUCUUCGGUUUCGUCUUGAAUGCUUACUGCCUUCUGAGAUGAUUGAAAAUAUCCUUUUAUGAUAACUUUUUGUUUGAAUUGAUGGGAGAGGUGGGACUUCAUUCUUACAGGUUAAUCAUUUCCAGUUUUCUUGGGUUAGUUUUCAGUUUUCAAAUCAGCCUCAAGCUUAAAGGUAGUAGCUAUUUGAUUAGAAUAUUUGUAUAGCUCCAGACCUCUAACAAACCAUUGUCAUUUUCUUAGGAAAUGUGAAAAUAUGUAAAUGAUUAAUUGCUUUUUGAAUUCUUUACCAUAGAGCUCUUACGUAGUCCUGUCCUUCCAUUAGAAACACACUAAAGCAACUUUUGUAUUUCCAAGAAGCUCAUGUAUUACAGGAGAGGGUUAAAUCCACCACACAGGGUGAAAUCUAUCUCCAUGACAACAUUCACACAACAGGAAAUUGAAUUUCUGCAGAAACAUGGAAAUGAAGUCUGUAAACAGAUUUGGCUAGGAUUAUUUGAUGAUAGAUCUUCAGCAAUUCCAGACUUCAGGGAUCCACAAAAAGUGAAAGAGUUCCUACAAGAAAAGUAUGAAAAGAAAAGAUGGUAUGUCCCUCCAGAACAAGCCAAGGUGGUGGCAUCAGUUCAUGCGUCUAUUUCAGGGUCGUCUGCCAGUAGCACGAGCAGCACGCCUGAGGUCAAACCCCUGAAGUCUCUUUUAGGAGACUCAGCACCAGCACUGCACUUAAACAAGGGCACACCUAGUCAGUCCCCUGUUGUAGGUCGCUCUCAAGGGCAGCAGCAGGAAAAGAAGCAGUUUGACCUUUUAAGUGAUCUUGGCUCAGACAUCUUUGCUGCUCCAGCGCCUCAGUCAACAGCCACAGCCAAUUUUGCUAACUUUGCACAUUUCAACAGUCAUGCCGCUCAGAACUCUGCAAAUGCAGAUUUUGCAAACUUUGGUGCAUUUGGACAGUCUAGUGGCUCGAGUGAUUUUGGAGGUUUCCCCACAGCAAGUCGCUCUCCUUUUCAGCCCCAAACUCCAGCAUUUAGAAUGCUUUCAUCUAGCUGCAGUUUUGGUGAAUUUACUUCAGCUUUUCCUCUCCAGGCUUCCAACAGUGGAAGUGCUGGAUCAGUAAAUGCUAAUUUUGCUCAUUUUGAUAACUUCCCCAAAUCCUCCAGUGCUGAUUUUGGAACCUUCAAUACUUCCCAGAGUCAUCAAACAGCAUCAGCUGUUAGUAAAGUUUCAACGAACAAAGCUGGUCUGCAGACUACAGACAAAUACGCAGCACUUGCUAAUUUAGACAAUAUCUUUAGUGCUGGGCAAGGUGGUGAUCAGGGGAGUGGUUUUGGGACCACAGGUAAACCUCCUGUUGGUUCUGUGGUUUCAGUUCCCAGUCAGUCGAGUGCAUCUUCAGACAAAUACGCAGCCCUGGCAGAACUCGACAGCGUUUUCAGCUCCGCAGCCACGUCCAGUAACGCGUAUACUUCCACAAGUAACGCUAGCAGCAAUGUUUUUGGAACAGUGCCCGUGGGUGCUUCUGCACAGACACAGCCUGCUUCUUCGAGUGUGCCUGCUCCAUUUGGAGCUACGCCUUCCACAAAUCCAUUUGUUGCUGCUGCUGGUCCUUCUGUGGCAUCUUCUACAAAUCCAUUUCAGACCAAUGCCAGAGGAGCAACAGGCCUUUCUGGAGCAAUGCAUUCUCAAGUGUUCCCUCACGCUCAUUUUGCUGCAACCUUUGGCACCGCGUCCAUGAGCAUGCCUGCGGGGUUCGGGACUCCUGCGCCCUACAGUCUUCCCACCAGCUUUAGUGGCAGCUUCCAGCAGCCUGCCUUCCCGGCCCAAGCAGCUUUCCCUCAGCAGACAGCGUUUUCUCAACAGCCCAAUGGUGCAGGUUUUGCAGCAUUUGGACAAAGCAAGCCAGUGGUAACCCCUUUUGGUCAAGUUGCAGCUGCUGGAGUAUCUAGUAAUCCUUUUAUGACUGGUGCACCAACAGGACAGUUUCCAACGGGAAGCUCAUCAACCAAUCCUUUCUUAUAGCCUUAUAUAGACACUUUACUGGAACGAACUUUUACGUGGUCACAUUACAUCUCUCCGCCUCUUGCACUGUUGUCUUGUUUCACUGAUCUUAGCUUUAAACACAAGAGAAGUCUUUAAAAAGCCUGCAUUGUGUAUUAAACACCAGGUAAUAUGUGCAAAACAGAGGGCUCCAGUAACAACUUUUAACCUGUGAAUUGGCAGAAAAAGGUAGCGGUAUCAUGUAUAUUAAAAAUUGGCUAAUAUUAAGUUAUUGCAGAUACCACAUUCAUUAUGCUGCAGUACUGUACAUAUUUUUCUUAGAAAUUAGCUAUUUGUGCAUAUCAGUAUUUGUAACUUUAACACAUUGUUAUGUGAGAAAUGUUACUGGGGAAAUAGAUCAGCCACUUUUAAGGUGCUGUCAUAUAUCUUGGAAUGAAUGACCUAAAAUCAUUUUAACCAUUGCUACUGGAAAGUUACAAAGUCAAAAUUGGAAGGUUUUAUUCAUUCUUGAAUUUUUCCUUUCUAAGAGCUCUUCUAUUUAUACAUACCUAAAUUCUUUAAAAAUGUAGAGGGAUACCUGUCUGCAUAAUAAAGCUGAUCAUGUUUUGCUACAGUUUGCAGGUGAAAAAAAUAAAUAUUAGAAAAUAUGCUAUCGUUUUUGUGUUCUUGCUGCAAUGCCUUUACCAAAGUGGCCUUAAAAUAUGAGUAGUGAAUUGAGAACAUCUUGAAUUCUUAAAUUAGAAUUGCAGAAGACUUCUAGUGACUAACUUUUAUGUCUAAAAGAGAAAAUUUUAUAAAAAGGCCAUGUAGAAAUUUAUUAAAACUACUAUGACUGCUAUAUUCAGGAAUAUGUCAGUGGUAAAGCAUUUAAAUGUAGCUUGUCAGAUUCACCGUAAUCCUUCUAAUUUCUUUGCAACUUCUUAAUUUUGUGAAAAUUUGUAUAUAUGAAGAAUUUGCAUGUAUGUGUAUUUACAAAUUUUUUUAAGUAUCUUGAAUUCUCAGACUGCAGAAGUCCUAUUUUAACUAUUGAUUUUUAAACAAAAAUAUUGUCUUUGAAUGUAUUGGAAGCAGACAUGCAUUAACUGUGACAUGAUUGCACCUCAUUUUUUUUUCCUUUGUUUGGAUAAACUGAUAUUGUUAAAAUAGGACAUUUAUUUAUGUUCAUAUCUGGGGGGAAACAACCUGGAACCCAGUGUUACCUUAAAGUUAUAGAAUACUUUGUUUAAAAAGGCAACAAUACUAAUGUUAGGUUAUAUCUUUUUGUUAAUACUCAAGACAUGAACUUGUUUAAAUAUUUAUGUACAGUGAUGCCUCAUUCAUCAGGCCAUAAUCUAGAAGCCGCCUCAAAACCGAACACAGCUGAGAAACUUGGAAUUUUAAUUUUUCUUAAAUGCCUUUGAGCAACGCACACGAGUCACAGAGUCUCUACGUGUUAGAGCUCAUGCAUUUGUUUUUAUGCGAAAGUUUGAUCAUUUGAUUUAUCAGCCCAUAGCAUAUUUAAGUUCAGAAGUGGUGAUUUGGAAGGAUACAGAAAAGCUGUGGAAAACUGUUGACCACUUAGUAUUAGGACAGCUAGGCCAGCCUAGAGGAUGUCGCCGUAUGACAUCAUCAUCUGACAGUGGUCUGUCACUAGGACUCUGUGUCAUCAAGAAAAGGUAACAUCACAUAUACAAAUAUGUAAUACGUGUUUGAAAAGUUUCAUCUUACAAUGAGUGAACAUUUCGGAAAAAGCUUUAGUAUUAAAAGAAGUGAACGUCGGUUUCUUCAGACAAUUUAUUUGUGUCGAAUACCUUUUCCAGUGGUGACUACAUGAGUUGUUGCACUAUCUUAAAGUCUGUGUGGUGUUUCAGACUUGCCACAGCAUUGCUGUCCGUUGUGUCUCCAACCGGACGCGUGGUUGAUGAGCAAGAAGGCUGGGAAAUCCCGGCCCCUUUUUGAACAGUAUGCCUCUUCUCUUAGAAUCGAGUGAAUGUGGCAGAGUCUAGGUGUGUGCGUGGGGGUGUAUACUUGGAAUACCUACAGUUCGGGGUCUCCCUCCAGCCCCCCUUUCAUGGAGGGAAUACUUAGGAAAUGUCUUUGAAUUUCUAUGCUUUAGAUUGUAUUGGGUCCCAGGCAAUUCAUAUGUACGAAGUUAUGCUAUAUAAUUGUAGGCCAUUACCGAAAUAACCUACCAGGCUUUCCAUCUGAGAAAUAAGUAAAUUAAACAGUUGUUAUUAAAAUAAUUUUAAAGACUGUUUUUUUUUUCUGGGUAAAUCUUGAAGUUUGUAAUGAAAUGAGAACUCUCAGUUACUGACUUACUACUUUCAAUGAGUGCUUAUAAAACCCAAAUGCUUAGCUUAAAAAGUGAUCCAGCUUCAAUGUGGAUUUAAAUCCACUUCUGUUAAACCUUCAUAUUCAGAUUUGCUUUUGGUUUUUUGUAGACCAUCAGAAUUGUGUUGAGUGCUAAAGAGGAGAAAAUCCUCGAAAGCGACGAGGCUGAAGACCUACACGUUUUCUGGCUUACUGGUUGAAUCAGAUCUUCUCUCCCGUCUUUGCUCUGGGAAGAACGUUUUCUUUUAGGGUGCAAACAUUGUCGAUACAGUUUAAAGGCAUAUUUUAUGCUCAUUUUGUGACCACAGAGACGAGGCAAUCACUUUGUUCCUUAAAACCCUUCCUUUUGGCAGUUUGGAGAAGCGUGUCCGUGCUCUCCGCCUGUGGGUUGCCCUUGCUGCCAGGACAUACCGUCUUCGGCACCGGUCCUAGAAGUUGGCACAAUGGAGAGAAGAGGAACGGGCUGCCCCACCGUGGCAGGACUUACAGUUCCCAGACAUUUUGGUCUCAGGACCAUAACUCGUACAGUUUUCAGGACGCCCAAAGAGCUUUUGUUUAUAUAGCUUGUACCGAUCAGAAAUUACCGACCGUAUCAGAAGUUAAUGCUGAGGCACCUAACAGACGUGUUCAUUCAUUGAAAUAUAACGAUGAUAAACCCAUUGCAUGUCAACGUAAAUGCCCUUUUUUAAUAAAACAUUGUUGUCUUCCAACAACAGUUAAUGAAUGAGAAGAACAUCGUUUUAUGUUUUGCCUGUCUCUAAUGCCUGGCUUAAGAAACCGUGAGAUUCUCCUACUACUUGGCAUUCCGGCUGUUUCUGUCUCACGUGGCAUGCGGGCGCUGGGAAAGUCCACUGUGCACUUGGGAAGUCAUGAGUGAAACAGACCUAGAACGUCUUCGUAUUGUUAGGAAAAUAGUUUUGACACUUGCUCUUGGGGACUUUGCACAAGUCCUCCAACCACACUCGGAAAACCACUGCGCUACACUUUUGAAUUUCUGUAAGCAUACCACUCCUUAAACUUCGAAGUGUUUUUCUUUGCGUGGUGGGAAAAAUGGAAAUUUGAGGUGAAACUGCAGACAUUUUUAGUGUUGUUUUCUGGAUUUUCUCCUAUUUUUAUUUGACAUCGUUUUAAUAAUGAUGAAAUUGGUGAAUAUUUCCUUGAAGGAUAUUACAAAUUCAGAUAUUACAAGUUAUGGAUGUUUAUUUUGGAAUCAUUUACUAUUCUGACCACUUUGAAAUUGGGUAAUUGCUUUGGGGGACUAUCAAAUAGCUAUUUAAAAAAUGUUUUAAAUACUUUGCUGAAGAAAAAUUCAAAGUGAAUAGUUUUUUAUCUCUUAGGUUUAUAGUUAAUAAUUUACCUAUAGUUAAAGAAUUUUUUUAAUGAAAAGCGGAUUCCUCUCACUACCCUCCAGGAAGUGCACUGUUACAAUUAAAGGAAUAUGUUUACUGAUUAAGAAAGAGGUUUGCUAUGGUUUUCCCACCGGUGGCUUUUUAUACCUUGUUCGUUUUUAAAGAGAGCACUGGCUGUUGCUUCUCAUUUAAACAAAAUGUUUUAAAAUUCGUUUGAAGUGACUUUUUAAAAGAUGGUUUACAGUAAUUAGUCACCACCAACUCUGGCUUUGUUGCUGCUGCUGUUGGCAUGCUCUAAAACAUGCUUUUUAAAAAAAAAAUUUUUUUUUUAAUGUUUAUUUAUUUUAUUUUUGAGAGAGAGAGAGAGAGAGAGCGUGAGCAGGGGAGCAGCAGAGAGAGAGAGGGAGACACAGAAUCUGAAGCAGCUCCAGGCUCCGAGCGGUCGGCACAGAGCCUGACGCAGGGCUCGAACUCAAGAACCGUGAGAUCAUGACCUGAACUGAGGUCGGACACUUAACCAACUGAGCCACCCGGUCGCCCCUAAAACAUGCUUUUUUGAGAUAAUACCCCAUUUCCAUUCCCAAGCAGGCCCUGUGCCUUGCUUCUUGCGCCCUCUUCGUCCACACGUUUAUGCUCCUUCUCUGAACUGGUGUUCAGAAUGACUCGCCUCAUCUUUGGCCUCCACUGACAGUUUCAGACUCUUAUCAAAAAAUCAAUCCCUAGGGGAGCGUUGUGAAGAAGAUCCGUUUUUAAAGCCGUAAUGACUUCAAAGUAACAUGGUGGUUUAUUGAGCCCUUUCAAUGUAUGAGAUGCUCGCUGAGUGCUCUUCACGUAUUACACGAUCCUGGAAGUGGAUGCAAGGAGCAGGGCACAGGGAGGGUAAGCUGAUGACAGGGCUGUUGCUCUGGGGAGCAAAUACUUCGUUGCUGGGUUGAAAGGCUGUCAUAUUUGUGUGUAAGUAGCCUUUAAAAAAUUCUUUUGGAAUUCCAAGAGCAUGCGUUUCUACAUCCCAUAUACCUCACACAGCUUCUUAAUUUGGGUUGCAUUCAGAAUUUGAUGAAAUCAGCAUACUUUACUCUCCAGGCUUUUUGGUAAACUUCACAAGUAAAUUAAUGAGGUAAUUAGUGGAGCUUGUUUUAAACUGGAGAGGCAUCUGAAGUAUCACAGUGAUUCCUAUUUUGUGAAGCGUUCCAACUUGGAUGGCUAAGGUUUGUGCCCUGGACAGUUUUAACAUUUCCUGUCUAAAGGAUGCUGUUACUAAAAUUUGUGUAAGAUUAGCCUAUCAUACCGGAUUCAUCCUCGUUAGUUAAUUUUUUCUUUGUGUAUUUUAGCACAUUAUAAUAUCCUCAGUUAAAAUUUUGCAGUGUGUAUUUGAGCAAGUGAAUAUGUGACCAAGAUGGAAUUCUUAGUGUUGUGCUGGUGAGACUUUUUCAAAUCUCGUGAAAAAGGGCCCUGUUUUGUCCUGUUCACUGAUAUUUGUGGUGGAAAUGGUCUCACUGUGGCUGCUGUCGCCUCUCCAUCCGACGUCAUAAGCUUGGAGUUGGGAGGCACACAGCCGGCGCCCAGGCCUUUGCGAGCCGGCUCCAGCUCGCCUCUCACAGCCCACAGCCCGUCUGGUAAAUUUGCUGGUGAUUGUAGCCAAUAUUUAAAGAGGCUUUUGCUUUCUAUUGUUAAUUCAGCAAGCCUACGGACACUCGCCCUCGUGUAGAAAUGUUCGGGGCACUGACGCAUUUAAUCUGGAAAGACCCAAGUACUGUGAAGCCUGGUAUUGAAAAGUCCAGUCACUGUGCUGGUCGUAGGGCUGGUACGUUCAUGGCGAAAGUCUGAAAUUCCGUCUGCAGUCCUGUUUUGUUUGACCAGCACAGUGUCCUAAAAACUUGGGUUUUGAGUAGUCUUAAAGGGCAUCCGUUCUUCCGGUCGUCACUAGCCUGCCCGCCCAAUUUCCUUAGCCUCAAACGUUCAGAUGCUGUUUGAAGACCUUUAAAGCGACGCAUCUGUGUCUGCGUGAGAGGUGCUCAUGACGCCGCUGCACCGGUCGGAUUUUGGAGUCCCGUAGGCUUUGAACCGAUGGUUAUUUUCCAGGCAAGACUUUCACCAACAGCGCGUUUCUUUUCAAACUUGUGGCCUCUAUGUACUCUGCUGAUUUUACGCCCCUGGAUCAGAAUUCAACGUGUGUUUGGAUGUACUUUUGAAAUCUGUGCUUGUCCAACUCAAAGGGCUGUGUGUGGAGUUUAAUGAAAAGAGAAUGUUGUGACUCAGGCUUUUUGUAAAAAGGAAACAUGAUCCCGGAUAAAAUAUUUAAUGAAGUGAUUAAAAUGCCCAUAUUUUCGUUGGUUCUCUGGAAUCUUGAGUAGGUGUCAUCCUGGCUACAGCUCAAGCAAUGAGAGUUAAGAUUUAAACUCCAAAUUCUCAACAUUUUCCCUCAAUCAAUCUUGAGCGGAGAGCUAGAGGAGGCACACACCCAAGGAGCCUUCUGAUUUUGACGAAAUGACCAUUAAGUGAAAGGCAUUGAGGGAAACGACCGUUAAGUAAAAGGACUGUAAACUGAUGCUGUAUAGUCAAUGUUUCAUAGGAUGCUGUGGGUACAAUCAGGUUUUUUAAAGACUUUAUCUUUUUUUAUACGUUAUGAUACAUGCUUGUGAUUUUUAAAAAUUAUGCAAUAUAUAAAGGGUAUAAAGUGAGAAAUUACGUCUCGUCUCCUUCCUCUGACUUCAUUCCCACACCACAGGGGAAUAUAGUUUCUUGUAUUUCUUGUAUAGUCUUUGAGAAAUGUCAUUUACUUCAUACGCCUCUAUUUCCAUAUAUACUCCCCUCGCUGUCCUCCCUUAUUUUAAAUGUACAAUUUUGUAACUUGGCUCUUUUUAUUUAACUUGGUUAUCUUUACAUAUUAGCACCUCCAGCUCUAACUCAUUAUUUCGAUGGCUUCAGGGUCUCAUUAUAUGGAUAUCCCUUUUGAAGAGUAUUUGUAUAGAUUUUUCUACUAAAAAAUAUUAUUAAAUUGAGACUAUCCUUGUGCAUAUAUGAAGAUAAGUCUUGACUCUGCCUGACUGGAAACUCAAUAAAACAGACCUCAUUCAAUGUU